AUGACUGGGUGCCAGUUUUUUGUCCAACCACCUUUAAACACUCUAACAGGUGGUGCUCCAGUUGUGGCCGAGACCAGCUUGGAGGAGAGUAAACUGUGGUCCAGGACUGUGAAGGUGGCCUUCAACCUGCUGCACAAACUGGGAACCAAACAGGAACCCCUCGUCAGACCUGGAGACCGGAAAGGCUACACUCAUCGGGGAGGCAAAGCUAAGAUCCAGAGGCACAGAAUCCGGAGGACCGACAGCCUGCAGCGGGCUGAGCAUGCCGGUGUGCCAAGUACACAGUCGCAUCCAGAGACCGACUCCGCUCUCAUCCUGACGCUGUCUCUCUCUGAGCUGACAAAGAAACUGCAGGAAGGCUCGCUCAACCCUGAGGAGGUGUUUUACUCUUACAUGGAAAAGACUCUGGAUUUGAAUAAAGAUCUGAACUGCUGCACUGGGAUCCUGUUGGAGAGUUUCGAUCAGAUGAAAACUCUUGACUCUAACAGGAAAGGUCUCUUGUAUGGAGUCCCAGUUAGCAUCAAAGAAAACUAUGGAUACAAGAAUUACGACUCUUCUUGUGGUGUUGUCAUUAAUCUGGACCACCCUGCCAAGAAAGACAGCGUUCUUGUUGAAGUUCUGAAGAAACAAGGGGCUAUUCCUUUUGUGAAAACAAACAUACCCCAAGCCCUACUAAGUUAUGAAUGCAGUAACCCUAUCUUUGGGCAGACCUUGAACCCGCACAACCCUCUGAAGACCAGCGGAGGUUCCUCCGGCGGGGAGGGGGCUCUCAUCGGGGGAGGGGGCUCCCUGCUGGGGAUGGGCAGUGAUAUAGGGGGUAGCAUCCGUUUACCCGCCUCCUUCAGUGGGAUCUGUGGCUUCAAGCCAACUCCAGGUCGACUCAGUUCAAAGGGUAUAAGCUCCAUUUAUCGAGGGCAAAAAUCAGUGCCGUCUUGUGUUGGACCCAUGGCGAGGGAUGUGGACAGUCUGGCUCUGUGUAUGCAGGCGCUGCUGUGUGACCACAUGUUCUCUUUGGACCCCACUGUCCCACCCGUGCCUUUUAAUGUGCAGAUUUACCAGAGCUCCAAACCUCUCCGGAUCGGUUACCUAGAAAGCGACGGCUACACACAACCCUCUCCAAGCAUGGCCCGCAGCGUCAGAGAGGUCAAAGCUCUGUUAGAGGCAGCAGGGCACACGUUGGUGCCCUACCGUCAUCUGAAUCUGGAGUACGUUCUAGCUGAACUGGGUGCAAAAGGUAUUCUGGCAGACGGAGCCACCACUCUGCUCCAAAAACUACAGGGCAGCCCUGUGGACCCUUCUCUCAAAGCACAGCUUGUACCGUACGUUCUUCCUAUAUGGUUGAAGAAAACCCUCUCAUUUCUGCUCAAGCCCUUUUCUACUCGGGCUUCCGUUAUUCUAGGAGGUCUCUGUGGAGUUGGAUCCAUUCCAGAUCUGUGGAAGCAGCAUGCUGCAGUUGAGGACUACAUUCAGGAGACGAUAGCCGAGUGGAGGAAAUGCAACAUAGACGCUCUGCUGUGCCCUGUGACCGGACCGGCCUACAACCACCUCUACUGCGGCAAGCUCAACAGCGCUCUGUCUUACACGCUGAUUUUCAAUCUCCUACAAUUUCCUGCCGGAGUUGUUCCUGUUUCCACUGUGAAGGCAGAGGAUGAGGAGGAACUGAAGCACUAUAAAGGCGUUUAUCAGGAUCGGUGGGACAAGCUCUUCAAACAGGCUGUGUGUGGAGGCGAGGGUCUGCCCGUGGGGGUGCAGUGCGUCACUCUGCCGUGGCAGGACGAGCUGUGCCUGCGCCUCAUGAAGGAGGUGGAGCAGCUGGUCAAACAGAGCAAAGCGUAAAGGAGGACACACAGAAGAAGUAUGAGGAAAAACACAAUCAAUGUUUGGGAUAAAGGAAGUUGAGUCUAGGAAAUUCUUUAAUAUUAGGAGUUUCACUGUGCAGCUGUAUAAGGAUUAACUCAGGCUUUUUUAGAUCCAUAAUUAAGAUUUGAUAAAUGUUAAAGGGAAUAUUCAUGUUUACUGAUUUGAAAACGGUACACAUUCUUUGUUUAACACUGUUUUUAAUUUGUCUUGCACUACUAAAACAGGAACUUUAGCUUUUGCUGCUUUUAAAUGAACUGUGUUUCUGACAUUGACAGGUUGACUAUAGGGUGUUUCGGCGAAAUUCAGCAUCCUGAACAUUGAACAUGAAAUGGUGUUUUUUUUCAGUUGGCAUUAUGUUUAAUAUAAUAUCGCAUGAGAAUGAAAUACAUGCUGGAAAAUAAAUUGACCUCACAACAGCGUUAUGCAAACAGUGCAUAGCAACCACACACACAACCUUUUGUGAGUUAGGGUUUAUAAUCAGGUCUGCACAUAACUGCGCAUGCGCACCCCCCGCCAAAAAAGAGCACCGGAUCAU